UGGAGAAAGAAUCCUGCGAGAGGCCGGAAGCACUCGGUAGUCACGUGCUCCCGGGGCUGCUCGAGUAAUGAUUGGCUUGGAAGGACGUGAAUGAUGCCGCUGUGAUUGCUGAAUUGUCUCUGCAGGGUUUGGAGUCUCAAACUCCCUUGACCUUUGCAUCCCUCUGGGGAGGAAGAGGAGCGGGAGGCCUGCUUUCUCUGGAAUCCAGUGGUCACAUCCCCAUCAGGAGCCCUGAAUGCUCACCUCAGGUGUCGUCAACAUGGAGUUCUGAAGUCCAUGUGGCUCCUCACAGUGAACAAGGUCUUAAGGAAAAUGCAGAGACGCCACAGCAGUAACACGGAUAACGUUCCACCUGAAAGAAAUCGCAGCCAAGCGCUCAGCUCCGAGGCCAGCGUGGAUGAAGGGGGCGUCUUUGAGAGUCUGAAGGCAGAAGCGGCCUCCCCGCCAGCGCUCUUCUCCAGCCUCUCCGGCCUCCCGGCAGGCAGCCUUCCGGCCACGCCGUUCCCGUCCAGCCUGGUGCUGGGGGCCUCGGCCAGUGGCGGGGACGUGUUCAUCCAGAUGCCCGCGUCCAGGGAGGAGAGCGGGGGCCGGGGCGAGGGGGGCGCCUACCACCACCGCCAGCCCCACCACUUCCACCACAGUGCGGGACACCGCGGGAGCUCGCUGCUGCAGCACGUGGGCGGGGACCACCGCGCGCACCCCGACGAGGCGGGCGACGAGCAGCCGGGCACUCCUGCCCCUGCCCUGUCCGAGCUGAAGGCUGUGGUCUGCUGGCUCCAGAAAGGGCUGCCCUUCAUUCUGAUCCUCCUGGCCAAACUGUGCUUCCAGCAUAAGCUUGGCAUUGCUGUGUGCAUUGGGAUGGCCAGCACCUUUGCCUACGCCAACUCCACGCUCCGAGAACAAGUCUCUCUGAAGGAAAAGAGGUCAGUGCUGGUCAUCUUGUGGAUCUUGGCCUUUCUGGCGGGGAACACCUUGUAUGUCCUCUAUACGUUCAGUUCCCAGCAGCUGUACAACAGCCUCAUAUUUCUAAAGCCCAACCUGGAGACCCUAGACUUCUUCGACCUGCUGUGGAUCGUGGGGAUCGCAGACUUUGUGCUGAAGUACAUCACCAUCGCCCUCAAGUGCCUGGUCGUGGCCCUGCCCAAGAUCAUCCUGGCCGUCAAGUCCAAGGGAAAGUUCUAUCUGGUCAUCGAGGAGUUGAGCCAGCUGUUCCGCUCGCUUGUCCCCAUCCAGCUGUGGUAUAAAUACAUCAUGGGUGAUGACACCUCCAACAGCUACUUUCUGGGAGGGGUCCUGAUGAUCCUCUACAGCCUCUGCAAGUCCUUCGACAUCUGUGGCCGUGUGGGUGGAGUUAGGAAAGCCCUGAAGCUUCUCUGCACCUCUCAGAAUUACGGAGUCCGGGCCACUGGGCAGCAAUGCACAGAAGCCGGCGAUAUCUGUGCCAUCUGCCAGGCCGAGUUCCGGGAACCUCUGAUCCUUAUGUGCCAGCACGUGUUCUGUGAGGAGUGCCUCUGCCUCUGGCUGGACCGCGAGCGCACCUGCCCGCUGUGUCGCUCCGUUGCCGUGGACACCCUGCGCUGCUGGAAGGACGGGGCCACUUCAGCACACUUCCAGGUGUAUUAGGGCUGAAGCUGCGGCACACCCGGGGAGAUGACGGCGGGUCAGUGUUGUCGGGUCCAGCGCUGGGGACGUUUUGGGAAGCAGGCUGUAAGCGCUUACCGUCCUACCUCCUGCCUGCUUUUCUCCACCUCUUCCCCUAAAGCCAGCUCCACACACCCCGCCUCGAGCUCCCCACCCUCACUUUCUUCUCGUGCCCCGUGGCAUAGCGUGCGCGCAUCCUCCUGCAAUCCGGAAGCCUCCUAACUCAGACUCGGUCUCUGCCCAGGUCGGUUUCCCACGCCCUCCGCCCUCCAAGUCAAGGAACCAGGAAUGGACAAAGUCCCGCCUGUUGCUUAUUUUAACGCGAGGUGACCUAAUAAUAUCUGAUGCUGCAAACUGGGGCGGGGCCUCGAGAUCGCUGCCUACCCCCAGGGGGCCCGGGUCCACAGGCGAGGGUCACUGUGAAGUCUUUCAAACACCAGCGCCGGGCCCCACCUUAUCCCCACAGAAACUUAGACACCAAGAGUCAGCCAGGCAUGGCGCUGUACGUUCUGCCUGGACGACCCCAUGAUCUUCACAACAGGGGUGAGGGAACUGUUGUUUCCUCCAUUGUACACCUGAGGAAACUGAGGCACAGAGCUCAAUGUGGUACCUCCACCGGCGUCACCCAGCUAGCAGCAGCAGACCGAGUUUCCAGCCCAGGCCUAUCUAGCUUCAGAGCAUUCAUAACCCCCAUGGUGACCCGCUGCUCAGACACUGCAAGUGUGGGGCCUGGCACAUGUGGUUUUUUAAAGCAUAAGAGGUGAUUUUGAUACCCAUGGGUGGCCCAGAUGCAUAGCAUGUUCAGUUCAUACUGCGUUGAGAAUGCUAAUAGCGAAUGCUCGCUCCUGAAGUCUAACUAUGUCUGGGCCCACAGAAAGACAGAGUCCCAAGCUCUGGGCUGGGAUGCUCAGUCAUGUGUGGGUACCAAGAAGGGUCAGCUUUGGCCCAAAUACAGACCCCGCUGGAUUUCCACGCUCAUCUGUAUUUCUCUCCUCCCUCUGCUCUUGUCCUCUUCCUCUCUCCACAGUCUCAGGCUCGUCAGUAGCCCCUGGGGACAUCUCCUCUUUCCUGGUAGCCUUCAGAGCAAAAGGGACAAUCUAUGUGACGAUUUGUCCACAAGCCAGGGUGGUGGCAGAAAGCACAGCAGCGAUCAGUGUUUCUGUAAUCUCUAUAACAGAGCUACUAAUCCCUAUAACAGCGCAGCCUCCCUCCCUGCUUCGAAAUCUGGGAGGAGAUGGCACGGGUGGUCACAUAGAAGCCACUGGAAUCUUGCCUGCUCUAGCUUUCUCCCAACUCUCUUUUCUCCUCGUCAGCCUCAGCACAAUGUUCUAGCACCAACGACAUGACACAGAAAGCAAUCCGGGUGGCCAGUGAGCAGAUUGGCAAGGAAGCCCCAGGAGAGAUGGCGGGAGCCCUGCGGCCAUUUUGCGCUCAGCCAGUGUUAACAUGCCCACCCCCCCCCCACCCCAAUAGAUUCAGGACAUUCGUCCCUGUGUGCUAUCAAGCCAGGAUCUUUUCUUUUCCCCGACAUCCCUAGCUCUUUCCUGGUACCCAGCAAGACAUCCCUUCCAGGGCAGCGUGGCAUCUUUCAAGCUCUGUUACUAUGGCAAUGGCCGUGAUGUUACAAUCCCACUUGCCUGAAUAAUCAAGUCAGAAGGGGAAGCAGAGGGAAAAGGGGCUCAGUGGACAUGGCUGCUCUAUUCACCCCACCUUGAGGAGGAACCAAGAGGAAGCCCCAAGAGCUUCUGCAACUGGUUUUUAUCAGAAAGAUUUCCCUUCCUGCAGAUGCCUUCAAGGAGGCAUGAGAAAUUGGGGCUGGAGAAGACUUAUUAAAGCGGCAGCGUGCGAUGGAGCAGAUACAGCAGUGUGCUGGGAAUCAGGCCUGGAAUUCUGGUUCUAAACUCCGCAUGACUUUGGGAAAUCACUUGUCCGUAGCAUAGUGUAUUAUCUGCUGGAACCAGGGAAAUUAACAAUGUUGAUUAAUGGUUUGGUCAGUUACAUUCAUACCACACCGAAAAAAAAAUUCUCCGACAUUCUGCAAAUAACAAGCCAUGUUCCUGAUACUGUAAAGAGUAUCACAUGUGGGAGACACUCUGGGGCAGGUGGGAUGAUUGAGUUUAGGAUUUUAUUUAUUCAUCCCCUACCCUCCAGGGAAAAGUCCUGUCUGGAGGAUUUUUUUUUUUUUUUCCCAGGUAGGAGGAUUUAACUUCUGCUCUAGGGAGGAACAGCAGCCAGUUCAGAGUUUUCCAAACAUCAAGCUGCACAUAUUCCCUGACACAAGUGUCAACGCCAAGAGUCCCCAUCGGAAGGGAAAAACAAUGCCACUCUCCUAUACCUGCCUGGCCUCUGAAUCUCAUCCGUUUUAAGGAGAAGUGAAUCAAGUAUCAGAUUGGAGUACGCUGUGCGUAAUGUUUUGUGAUUCACUGACCCACGUUCCGUGAAGUCUUGGAGGUGGCUGUCUUGAUGUAGAAGAUCUUGAGCAUAGUAAGUGUGAGGGAAUAGAAAGGCAUGCUUUGGGCCUGGAUGUAACAGUUUUAUCACCUUCCAGAGGAAAGAGGGAGAGAGAUUUGGAGACCUCCAGGCUGCUAAGACUCGGCUUGGAAAGAGGAAAUGUAAAGUGAGUCCUGGAAUCUUUAAGUACUUUUGCCGUAGGUCAAACAGAGCCACCUUUGGUGUUUUUAAUGUCCCCAAGUUCCAUUCUGCCAAUAAAUAUCAUCUGUCAACGAAACUUA